UUAAUCCAACAGUUUGCGGCUUCUUUGGAUAUGAUACUUUGUCCUUACCGAUCAGCGGCAGUUUAAUAUUAAAACCUUUCUAUAUCUUUUUUUGCAGCAGGUUGUUACUUAGGAGUUAUAAUAGCGUGCAUAAACGUCACGAGAUAUUUUGCAUUUACGGUACAAUUUUUCGCAAAUCGACAAUGGAUUUGGUGUACUUCUUGGGUAUGGUACUGAGUCUGGGCGCCUGGUGCGCAUCGUCCGAGAGGCACAGCGUCUUCUGGAACAGCUCAAAUCCUAAAUUCCAGUGGGACGAUUACACAGUGAAGGUGCACAUCAAUGACUACCUGGAUAUCGUGUGCCCGCACUACCCGCUGGGCGUGCCGCCUUCCCAGGAGGCCGAGCGCUAUGUGCUCUACAUGGUGGAGCAGCGUGACUACAACGCCUGUCGGCCACAGUCCUACGAGCAGCUGCGCUGGGAGUGCGCCCACCCCUUCGCCCCCCAUGCGCCCGAGAGGUUCUCGGAGAAGUUCCAGCGCUACACACCUUUCACCCUGGGGAAGGAGUUCCGACAGGGCGAGAGCUACUACUACAUUUCAAAGCCCCUGCACCUCCAUGGGUCGAAUUGCCUGAGGCUCCGUGUGGAUGUUGUUGGCCCCACCGGGUCCCAGGAGUCAAGGCCAGGUGGCGGGGGUGUGCAUAACUCAUCCAACAGACUGCCUGCAGAUGAGCCCAUUGUCCUGCCCGAGGUGCAGAGGAGUGUGGCUGCUGGCUCCAGAGUGGCGACAGUGGCUGUUUCAUCUUUCCUGACAUCAAUGUCUGUCUUGCUAUUGCUGCUACUGCGGUGAAGAAGUACAAACCCCUCCUGUGGGCUCACAGAUUACAAAUCUGCCCAAUUUGGGGCAAAGAACAAUAGAUGGGUCCCUCUGGCCUCAUGCAUAAUGGUCAAACUAAAAUGACAGUGAUCCACUGGGCAUCUAAAGGCUGUUUCAAAUCCCACUGCUGGUCACUGGAAGGAAACAGAUUUAUUUUUUUAAAGAAAAUAAGAACAGGCAAACUUUGUAUAUGAAGGACUGGAAUUAAUUUUUUUUGAAAGCUUUGAUACUCUUGAUGGAACGGUUAUAUUUCUGUCUACCUGUGUCAUUUUUAAGAAGUGGACUUCUUUGUUUCUUUGUUCGACAAUCAAGCUUUUUCCAAACAAAUUAAUAGUUAUCACAGAGAGAUGUUAAAAACUGGAACAAAAUUCUGGACUUGCCUCUGAUCCACACAGCAGUCCAUUCUGUAACUGUGCUCAUGCAUAUUUUAGCAUGGAAUGUAUUUAAAUUCCUAAUGAUCGACACUUACAAUGACUGUCAUAAUUAGAACCGACUGUGACUGUCGCCCUGCUGAUGAAUAUUCAUAAUAGGCUGCUUUUGCCAGUGCUUGAGUUAAAUGUAGAGCAGGACUUUCCAGCGAUAAGAGUUUAAUAUGUAACUCAAUCCAAAGAAGAAUCCUCCUGUCUUCUUUAUAAAAUUCAUGUCCUGUGUUGUAGGUGCAUAUGUUUAACUGACAACCAGUGUGAGCCAACUCAAUGCAGAAUGAACCAGCAAUCGACAGCUACUGCAUGGAAUAUAGAAUGACCAGACAGUAUAUGAGGGUGUUGCACUUUCACUGACUCAAAUACAGAGUAAAGAACAAGAUAUGUAGGAUAGGCCCUCUGAGGAAGAGGAAAUGACCUUCCCCAGGGAUGGGAGAACUGGGGCUGUUACAGGGAAAGGCAGACGAGCUGUGUGACUUGAGCAAAACGGAGCUGGCCGGCCUCGUUUUUGCUUGAUGAACCUUCAGGAAAAUCAUUUCACAGCGCACGAUGGCACGAUGCUACGUUACACGAAUUAGCGGAGUUAAACCAGACUGGGAUCAUGAAUACAUGGGUUCCUUACUAACUUGUACAUUUGUAUGUAAGAUGUUAAAUAUGUACAUAGAAUAUUAUCUGAACGGGUUUUGAUAAAUCUAAAUGUGAAACUGGCAAAUAAAAUA